AGUGAUCUGCAGUUGUGAAGGUCCUGAAGGGAGACAGUCAGUGGAUCGAUAACAAACCAGACUCGGUGAAAAAUUAUGACUGCAACAAUAGGCAGCUAGCUGGCUUCUUAUCUUUUAUAAGCCAGAAUCACAGGCAAGCGAAUCGAGACAACCGAGACCAUGGAAAGAAAAGGUGUACCUAUUAAGCGCAUCCUCAACAAGCCCCAGAUAGUCCGCAGUCUGGGCAGCAACCUUCACACAGAUGUGAAUGCCAGCCACUCCCGGGCUGGAUGGUCGCUCCUGAGCAAAGUGCAGCGCAGCAGGCACAAGAAUCUAUAUGAAAUCAACCAUCAAAUCAGGACCAAGCCUGAUUUAAACACAACACUACCAGUUCGACAGACAGCAUCCAUCUUCAAACAACCAGUGACCAAGGUUACAAAUCAUCCCAACAACAAGGUGAAGACAGACCCACAGAAGGCUGUGGACCAACCGAAACAAUUGUUCUGGGAGAGGAAGUUGGGUGGCUUAAAUGCAUUUGAUAUCGCAGAGGAGCUGGUGAAAACUAUGGAUCUUCCUAAAGGCUUGCAGGGUGUUGGGCCUGCAUGUUCAGAUAAAACACUUCUUUCUGCCAUCGCCAGUGCUCUGCACACCAGCCCCUCACCUGUCACUGGACAACUCACUGCUGCUGUGGAGAAAAAUCCUGGCGUCUGGCUCAACACAUCUCAGCCUCUCUGCAAAGCCUUUGUAGUGACUGAUGAUGACAUCAGGAAGCAAGAGGACCUGGUGCAGAAUGUGAGGAGGCGGCUCGAGGAAGCCCUCACAGCUGAUAUGUUGGCUCAUAUAGAGGACGCCACUGCAGACGCAGCAGCCGCGGCCGCAGCCAACAAAGUGGAGGAGAAGGUUGAGCAGGUGGACAAGGAGGAAUUAUAGCCACGGUGCACAAAACUGCAGAACAGGUUCCAGUCCUUUUCCGUUGGUCCAUCCAUUACCUCUGUUUGAUGGUCUUGCAUUGUUACGAACUUCAGUACAUGUGACACAGGCUUGUUUGACAUGAAGUUUGCUGGUAAACUCCUUUCAUUUUCAAAUAAUUGGCUCCAUGAAGAUUUUUAUACACUUUGAACUGAAAUAGACCCUAAAUGCAGACAUUCUGCAGAUUUUGUUUACCUUAAAAAAAAAAAGAGACUGUUUUCUUUCAUAUUAUUAUUAUUAUUAUUAUUAUUAUUAUUAUUAUUUUUUACAUUCAAGUGUAAUUCUGGAAGGGUGCUUUGGAUUUCCAGUUCACUUUUACCUCUACUAAUGUAAGGCAACUUUCUUUAGACUUUCCAUACUUGUUUAGCGUUUUCAUGUCACAAUGACAUCACCUUUUCAUCAUUGAUACGAUAUUGAGUCAAACGAAAUUACUGUUCCUGUAAGUAGUUUUACUUUUAAGCAGUUUACGGCAGUUGUGGAUGAUUCUCUACACAAGGCAGUGUUACAGUUAAUAAACAGCUGUUCAAGCUCAAAGUAAAGUUGAAAAAAACACAAACCUGGUGUGUGUCUGUGUUUGUGUGUCUGUAUGUAUGUGUCUGUGUGUGCACGCGCGCUUGUGUUGAAUGUAUCAUUUCAUGUUGGCGUCUUGAGUGUUUCUUUUUUGACAUGUUGCUCUUUUAUAUUUUACUCUGGCACUGCAGGUAUUGUGUUUGUUUGGAAGCAUAGAAAGGUUGCAGUAUGUUUACAUGCACACAGCACUGUUGUGGCUGUGAAUAAUCAAAUUUAGUUUGUUUGAUUUCAAAUUUUUACAGUUUAAAGCAGUGUUAUUUCUCUCAAUAACUUAAGUUUACAUGGUUUGGAAGUUUAAGUCAUGGUAUUUGUGUUUCGCCAGCUACAUUUGAGUUUAAUAUGUAACAGAAAAAGUGUGUACCUUCAGAAAAUACAAAAAAACAAUAAAACACUGAUGUACCUUGUAA